CUGACUCAGUCGCACCUGGAAUAAUAAUAUCACGAAAUCAUGAUUAUUUAAAUCUGCUCGGAUCCAAUCACACACACGUUAAACAUGAAGAAAGGUUCGCUGAAUAUCUUUGGUCGGAAGAAUCAAUCUCUAUUCGGCAGCAAUGUGGACAUCAAGGAAAUGAGUAAUGUGGAGCUGGUGUUGGACUCGGCUGCCAUAUCAGAAUCAGGAACCGCUAAAGUUCGUUCUCGGCCGACUGUCAAACAUUUCACAUGGUCUGAUGGUGUGCAGGGCUUUGCUGUUCCAACGCCAAAGGUUCCGGUUCUACCGCACUUCCACGAACCCAAAAUGAAUGGUACAGGAAGUACUGCAAAGCUCCCAAAUGGAGGAAUGCUUUCCAUCCAUGACAUGAUCGAGGGGGAAAUACUUGUACCUCCUCCACCCAGCUCAGUCCCUCCUCCCCCUCCUUCUGCUGUCCAACCCCCAUCAUCAUUUAUCCUGCCCCACCCUUCUAUAGACUUUGCCAGCCUGAAGCCUCCUCCAAUGCGGCCCCCAAACCCUCCAUCACAAAGCGGUUCCGAGUACAGUGCCAAUAUGGACCUGGCUUUCCAGAAACCUCCUCCAAAACUUCCAUCUGAAACGUCCAGCCUCAGAGGGUCCAUCUCCAGUCUUGAUAUCCUAGAUAUUCCUGAAUGUCCUAAAUUCACCCCACCACCUCCCCCUGGGAUGAAACCCCCACACGUUUUAUCCAAAGCCCAGAAAGUGCUGCCUCCAAAACCCAUCAGGUUGUCCUCCAUAGCUAAUAUGGAGAUCCAGCCCCAAGCACCAACUCCGCCUGCAGCCUCCACCCCAAUGCAGUCCAGCUUUAACCCCCAGAACACCCCAAAGCUUUCUAGCUUCAACCCCCAGAACACCACAACACCAUCCAGCUUCAACCCCCAGAACACCACAACACCAUCCAGCUUCAACCCCCAGAACACGGCCAAACUCUACAAUGUGCAAAAGAGCACAGUAAUAAGUGGGCAAGACAAGGAAAAGCAAGUUCAGUCCAUUCUUCUUCUAGAAGAUUCUACCGGAAACCCAGUUGGUCUUCAUGUCAAUGGGAACGUUGGGAAAAGUUCUGGAUCUUUCCAACCGGUCCGGUCGGUGGUGCCACCCACCAAACCAGCCCGUCGCAGCAGCACCGCAAAUCUACUGCAAAAUGACCAGGUUGAUGCUCCAAGUCAAUCAGUCAAAUCAGAGACCAAAAUCAACCCUGAACAUGUGGCAGCCCCUACCCCACAAAAUGUCCCCUACGAGACUCCAUCACCUAUCAAAGUCUCUCCCAUAAUAGAGAAGCCUGCAGUUCUACCUGAUGUUAGCCAGCUGAAGCCUGAGGUUGUGUUACCUGGCAGAUCUCACAGGUACAGUCCUAUCCAGAACCACCGACAGCUCAACAAGAGAGGUGUAGAGGGCUUGGAAAAGAAAGAGACUUCAGCGUCACCCUUCGCCCUACUGAUGGCCGCCAAGGAAAGAGACAAGCAGAGAAAAAAUCUAUCCCCACAGAACAGCAGCUCAGCUGAGCCACUGAACUCUGUGAUUCAAUCCAGCCCAACCCAACCAAACUCCUUUACAGUCAGUCCUCGAGACCCAAUGUUAGACAGAUCUACUGUUGAACUAAAACCUGCUACAAACAUGCAACCAGUCGUCGCACCAUCCCCAAAAGCUGAGAUUUCAAAUGUGUCUUUUUCAAAGCCUGUUCUAAAUCCUGCCCCUCAUCCAAGCUCCACCACUAAGCUUAACCCCACAUUUCAAUCAAGCUCCACCCCUCAGCUAAACCCCACCCUUCAAUCAAGCUUCGCCCCUCAACAAAGCCAUUCCCAUCUUCUAAUGAAUGGCCCAGUUGUGGGGCAGGAUGUCCCAGUUAAGGAUGUUGAAAGCGGAGAAGACAUGCCCUUCCUUCCACCACCCCCUGAAUUCGCCAACUCCGACCCGGAGGACGAACCUCCAUGUCCCCCGCCAAGUCACCCCGCUCCCGUCCCCCCUGUGAAAACUGCCCCUCUACCUGUCAAACCUUCCUUACCUGCUCCACCUGCUCCAACAACUAACAGCCCUCUAAUCAAUCCCAAACCGCCCAGCUAUCCUCCUAAAGCCCCGGGCCCUCCACCAAAUGUCCUACCUAAACCUCCUGUUCAAACUAAACUUGCCCCACCGCCCCCACAAGCCACUCCAUCCAUCGCAGCUAAUCAGGCAACGCUUCUCAGCAUCCUGCAGAGGAAGAUGUUAGAAAUGGAACCAAAGUUCUCAGAAGUCAAAACGGUGGAUUUCAACGAUGACUGGAACUCUCCGCUGUCUGAUGAUGAGGGUACGUCAUGCCCUGCUGGAUCCAAACCGGUGCAAAACCGUAGCAACACGCUGCCAGCGCCACCUUGUGGUGUGGACAUGAAGGAUCUCGAAACUAAAGCUGCCAAAAAGGCUCAAAACUUAACCAAUUCAACUAAAUCACAGAACAGUAAUGGACCGUCGAACAAACAGCCGUAUGGAAUGACAUUCACCAUCAGACCAGGAAGCAAACAGCCAAUCACACCCGUGAUCAAAGACGGUUCACCCUGAACUGAAGAACAUUCUGGACUGGAAUUAUUCGAGAAAAGUGUCUAACCU